CCCGGACCAACCGCAUGUUUCCCGCAUGUUCAGGCAGAAGCGACAUGUUCCAGUGAGGAAACAACAGAAACAAUCCAGUUUCUUUGUUUUAAUCCAUCCGGCACGCGACUCUCACCGGUACUACUGAGCGACCAAUCACAGCCGGCGCGAGGAGACGCUGCCGCUCUGCACGCGGUGCGCGCGCGCGCUGCUCCCGCUGCAGCUCGCGCUCAGCCGACAGAGCUUGAUCCACAGAGGAGCAGGAAUGAAGCUGCUUUUUAACUGGUUUUAAUGGUUAAACUGGUUUAGUUAAACUUUUUAAGGGGCUCCAUCUAACCUGUUCCACCUCCACCAGCCGCUGUUUAAUCCACAGGAUGCAUAGAGCUGGAUUAGACCCUGAUAUCCAAUAGAACAGAGACAACUGGGAUUAUUUAGGGGGAAAUCUCCCCGGUCUCUAAGAAAGGAGGAUGCUGGUCCUGGUUCUACUGUCCUGGUUCUGGGUGCUGAUCCAGGGACAGAGUUUGGACCAUGACAGCUGGACCAACCGGGCGGUGUUGUCUGACGGUCUAUGUCGCUAUGGGAACAGCGUGGAGUGCUGCUGGGGUUGGAGACGGACGGACUGGGGACGGUGUCAACCUGACUGUCCGCAGGGCUGUAAACAUGGAGACUGCGUUGGACCGGACAGAUGCAAAUGUCGCCCUGGAUACACCGGCAAAGCCUGUAACCAAGACCUGAACGAGUGCGGCGUGAAGCCUCGGCCCUGCAAGCACCGCUGCAUGAACACGCCGGGCAGCUACAAGUGUUACUGUCUGGACGGAUACGCUCUGCAGCCCGACGGCAGCUGCAGGAAUGUCAGAACCUGUUACCAUGCCAACUGCCAGUACGGCUGUGAGGUGAUGAAAGGCGAGGUGCGGUGUACCUGUCCGUCUCCGGGGUUACGGCUGGGCCCAGACAGACGCUCCUGUGUGGACAUCGACGAAUGUUCUCAGGGAGGUGGAGUGUGUCCCCGUCGCAGGAAGUGCUACAACACGUUCGGGAGCUUCUUCUGUAAAUGUCACCUGGGCUUCAAGCUGAUGUACAUCAACGGGCGCUACGCCUGCGUCGAUAAGGACACUCGACCUUUCUGCUCCCUGAAUCCUUCCUCACCUAAGUGCAAAUGUAAAGAUGGACGAUGCAAAGGGAUCCUCACAGUAAUGUUAGAGCCACACAGACCCCAGACUACAACCCUCAUCUCUACCACUGCCACAACAUCCACGAUUCCUGCCAUCACUACAACCACAGCUACAACCACAACUAUACCUACAACCACAACUAUACCUACAACCACCACAACUAUACCUACAACCACAACUAUACCUACAACCACAACUAUACCUACAACCACAACCAUACCUACAACCACCACAACUAUACCUACAACCACAACUAUACCUACAACCACAUCAACUAUACCUACAACCACACCUACAACCACACCUACAACUAUAAUUACAACUAUGCUUUCAACCACUACCACCAUACCUACAACCACUGCCACCAUACCUACAACCACUGCCACUCCUACUGCUACUUCUACCACUGUCUCAUCUACAUCUUAUCAAACAACCACUUCUUUGUCAACCACUGCCAUUGCAACAACCUCUCGAGCUCCCACUACUGUUGCUAUGACAACUACAUCCCCAACAACACCCCCUGAAACAACUAUCCCUACAACCACAAGAACAGAAACACCAGCUGUUACCACACCUGCUCCAACUACUGCAACCUCUGCUGCGCCUACUACUGAGCCUACGGUUGCCAUAGUGACUACGCCCCCGCCCACCACCUCCUUGGUGACAACGACGUUGAACAACAGGAUCAACAAGGAUGUAACGCAGAGACAGAGAGGAGAUGUUCACAUACCUCGGCAUCCGGGGCACAACCAGGUCUGGGAGUUUGACAUCGAGCUGGGAAACACAGCCGAGGACGCUCGCGAUGAUCCUGAUGUUGGUGAGCUCCACUGCAGCUUUGAUCAUGGACUCUGUGACUGGAUAUCGGACAGAGAGGGAGACCUGCACUGGGAAACUGUGGGUAGUUCUGCAGGUGGGCGGUACCUGUCUGUCGCUGACCUAAAGCCUGGGCAAAGGAGCAUCCGAGGAGCUCGACUGGCCAUCCAGAUACUCCCUCUGUGGAACCAGGGGGACAUGUGUUUCUCCUUCUCCCAUUGGCUGACGGGGCAUCAUCUCGGCGUGCUGCAGCUCUUUAUCCGCAAAAAAGGACCAGACCAAAGGUAUGGCGCCGCUGUUUGGAGCAGGACAGGUAGACACGGGUGGAGACAGACGCAGGUCACCUUAGAGGCACAUUCUGUGGAUAAAGUGCUGUUAAAGGCCGAGCGAAGGAAUGGACGACGAGGGCAGAUCGCGGUUGAUGAUGUCACACUGAGACGAGGGGCUUGUCGAUGACAUCAUCAGAGACCCCUCAUUUAAAGGACCAUUCUGAUGAAUUUAGCAGCUGCAGCUGAACUUCAGACUGCUGCUGGCUUCAUGUAGACCUUCUGAUAUUUGGAACCAGGAAGGUUUCCUCCCUUCCUCUGGUUUUCUCCAAGCCUCUGCCUUGAAAUAUGUUGGACUCAUCUUGUGUCAACUGGCGUUUUUAUUUGGUUUGUUUACUCCUUUAGAGCGUAAAAGCUGAUUAUUUCUCAACUCUUCCCAUGUUGCUGUUAAAACCAGAACGGUAGGCGGCCUCUGCUCUGGCUUUGGUGAAUGAAUUGUUCAUCAGAACAAGCAACAAGACAGCACAUCUGAAAGGAAAGAAGGACACACCAAUGAACACAAACAGCAACUGUUGGCCAUCUGUUACCACGGUAACUAAUGACUGAACCCUUACCUGCUAAGUAGGUAAGAUUUACAGGUUAAUUGAAGCACUUCUCUUCUAGUAUCCUUUAUCUGAGAGUAAUCUUCGUCAGCAAAACUGAAGCUUCCCUUAAAACAGAUUAAUCACAAACUGAAAAUAUGUAACUUCCUUUAAAAAAAUAAACACACAAACUACCAAACUGUUAGGUUUAUCAUUUAUACACCAUGUGCACUGUUAUUCUGUUAGCCAGAUUAGACAGAGUAGAGGACAUUGUGGACGUCACCGUGUGUACGGUGGUCAUCUAAUCAAGACAGCCUUCAUGUCCUCAUUUUAACAAAACAAUAAAAGAUCUUUAGCAUUAAUCCAUCAGAUUCUAAAGCUCAGAGCUCCUGAUAUAAAACCACCUGUGUGUCUUAGCGGGGUUAUUCAUGUCCCGCAGAGCUCUCAUUAUGCACUGUUUAUACUCACCAAUAACCAAUUUACAUUGACUGUCAUCAUAGAGCCUGGAUACAUAUAGAAGGGCAGAGCACAUGUCGACUCAUUGAAAUUCACUAAAGAGUGAAAGCAAUUGACUCACUUGGGCUUAUUCCUGAUUAGUCAAUACAAAUGAGGCAGCAUGUUUACAAAUUGGUUUACUAUUUUCCAUCUAAGAAAAACCAGCGGAUUGCAUCCAGUCAUUGACUUUAUAGGAAUCAUACCUUCUAGGCUUCAUUUGCAUUGUGUUGUUUACUCUGCAGCAAUCCCUUACACUGAGCAUACAUGAGGCAACAGUGGGGAGGAAAAAUGAUCAGGAAGAAACCUCCAGCAGAUAAAACCAGAUUAUAAUCCCAGUAAAUACAUUAGAUUAAUGAGAGCUCAUUGAUGUUAAUCUAUUUCAUCUGCAGAUCUGAAAACAGUCCAUAUUGUGAAACCUUGUUAUAUUUGGGAGCUGGUUUAUUGUUACAUUUAUAGAUAAUAUGUAACAUAAUAUUCUGUUUGAUAUGUAAAUAGAAACUAUUUGUUAUUUGGGACAAUAAAUCUGUUUAUU